GUUAACACGUACAAAAAGCGAUUGUGAAAUAAUUUUCCAAUAAUCUUAUCGAUCAAAGUAAAGUUUUAGUGGUUGGAGAAAAAGGAUUCCAUUCAAAAAUGAGUGAAACAGAUCUUAUUAUGGAUCAAGCACUGCCACUCCAAGAUUCAAAUAAAACCAACAAUUUUACGGAUGUUGCUGACGCUUUAGGACACGGAAAUGGCCUGGAUAGUUAUGGAAAUCGCCUCAAUGCGCGCAUGCCAGUGGAUCGUUAUGCAUCGGAAUAUAACAUGAAUCACUUGAAGCGCGGCUUGGCUCUGAUAUUCAAUCACGAACACUUUGAAAUUCCCCAACUGAAGGCUCGAACUGGUACCAACGUCGAUUGCGAGAAUUUGGCCUCUACGCUCAAGUGUCUGGACUUUGAUGUUCGCGUGUACAAGGAUUUGAAGUUAAGAGAAGUGCAGAAAGAGGUGGAAAAAGUUGCCAUGAUGGACCACUCGGACCACGAUUGUGUAUCCAUUACAAUCCUUUCGCAUGGUGAGCUGGGCUACAUUUAUGCAAAGGAUUGCCAAUACAAGUUGGAUAUAAUCUGGUCCUUCUUUACUGCCAAUCGCUGCCCUACGCUGGCUGGAAAGCCGAAAAUAUUCUUCAUUCAGGCUUGCCAGGGAGAUCAGCUCGAUGCAGGCGUCACCUUAGCGGGGCGCACCGAAACGGACAGUGCCGGCUCGAUGAGCUACAAAAUUCCGGCCCACGCCGAUUUUCUAAUCGCCUAUUCUACCAUUCCGGGUUUCUACUCCUGGCGCAAUACCCAGAAGGGGUCCUGGUUCAUGCAGUCACUGUGCAAGGAACUGAACCAACAUGGUAAGAAGUACGACAUACUGACUCUUUUGACAUUUGUUGCUCAAAGUGUGGCGUACGACUUUGAAUCAAACACUCCGGAGAUUCCUAUGAUGCAUCAACAGAAGCAGAUUCCUUGCGUGACAACCAUGCUGACGAGACUACUCCGUUUCACUGAAAAGUAAUUUCGAUGCAUGGCACCUCCUAGCGUACGAUUAAGACCACUUGGUUGAAGGUGCACUAUAAAUUCUAAAUUACUCUUUCACCUGCUGUACGGUUUGGAGAUAUGCAGGAAUGGCUUGCUUUAGCUGUAGGAAUUGGCUGUUGAUCGAUUUGACCUUUCGUAUAUCGUGUUUUGAUUUCAUAUAAUCAUACAUUAGCUUUAGUCUAGCUCUUUUUUUGUUUUAAGAUUUUAGGAUAAACGUGACAUUGAGGAAACCUGACUACUGUUAUAGUGGAAAAUCCUUUUUGUAGCUUCAGUACACAUGCUUUAGUGUAUUUGAAUUAUUUUCAAAUUUAUUUUAAUUUGCUUUUAGUCUGCUUUGUUGUGCAUGUUUGGUUUUGGUUAUCUUUAUUAAAGAUAUUUUCAACCGUAGGCUGGUUUAUCUGUCAUUGCAAGAAGGUUUCACAAAUUUAAAUAUCACUAUUUAGCAAGUAUGUAAGUGUACAUCGCUGGAUUUUUUAAAGCUUUAUUAAGGAUAUUUUAGCCACCUGACUAGUUCAUCUCCAAGCGUCGCUAGAUAGUUAGGACCUCCGAGUUUAAAAUGGCUUUGUUAAAGUCCUAGUGGCUUGAUCAUUGAAAAUAUUUUUUUUUUUUGAUAAAUGUGUGUAGAUAAAAAUUAAUAAAAAUGACACUAGUUUUCAAUACUAUCUGGGACAAAACACUAGCCAUAACUGGGGUCUGAAUCGCGAUUAACCCUUACAUAGGUGUAAAAGAUUGAUAAUUUUGAUUUUUUUUUCUCUUGUAGAUAUUUUCUUAAUUGUUUUGUCAAAUUGAUUUUUAAUAAAAGUGUUUACAUGUUUUUGAUUUUUUAAAACUUCUGUUAGCAGUCUAGUCUAGCUAAAUUUGUGUCUUGUUUUAUGCUAUAUUAUUACUUUUCUGCCACUUUUAACACUUAAACUGACAUCCUCCAUGGAUUAUGUUUGCUCCUUUUGUUGAAUGGGUACAAUACCGAAACUUUGCCCAGGUGAUUUUAUACACUGCGAGAUUUAGGAACUACACAGCACACAAAGAAAAACCAAGAGACCAUUCAGCAGGACAAAACUGCCAAUUACGGAUCAAUCUCAGAGACAGAAAAUACAACAUUUUACAAAUAAUGAAAUCGGUUAAUUUUAUCGAAUGCGUAGUAUUUUAAUGGAAACGGAUAAGCGAAACUGUGAAGGAAGGCAAACAAAAGACUAAAAGCGAAUGUAUAGAUAAGGUACUCGAAUGAAAGAAAGACUUCGUAGAUCUUGAACAGCAUUUAUUGAACCUACCUACUUAUUUUCUCCUUGGAUUCGGCUUUCGGUUCGACAAGAUUUAAGAACACACUGAUUCAUCUAAUUUUUUAUUGAACUCAAAGCUGAAUUUGUUAGUAUGUAUUGAUCAUUUAUUUUAAAUCUAUAAAUUUUUCAAAUGAACUCGUUACUGAACAAAAAAUAGCUCGUAAUUUAAAAAAAAAAACACAAAAUUCAAAUUCCACAAAUAGAAUAGUAAUAUUU